AUGGAGGCCAUAAUCCAAGGGACCAUCAGUGCCCUGGGUUACUUGGAAGAUGGUGUUUACUAUCAAGAGCCAGACUGUUACGAAACUAUUCGUGAUCUGAUUCGGUUCCUUCGCAAUGACAGCAAUACUCUGCUUGCUCGCAAGAUAUGUGGAGAGCGAAAUAUCAUCGCCAACGAUCUGAUUCCAAUCAUCAAGUCGGAAAAUCUUAAAGAAAAGAUGUUCGAUAUAACUCUGAGGCUAUUGGCGAACCUUAUCCAACCUGCUAUUGUAAGUUUACAAGGGAAGCAACCAGAAGACCGCGAAGAAUGGCAAACUUAUUGGUUACUGGAGGGGAAUCUCAGAAGAGCGAAACUAGCAUUUGCUGAUGUUAAAUUCUUUCAAGUCCUAAAAGGGAAACUGGAGAAGUAUUUCCUUGAAACGGAUUGGGAAGACCGCCUUGAAGAAGAUCGACUCGUUAUGGAGCGAAUAAUAGUACUCCUGCGAUAUAUUUUCGCUAUUCCUCCUACUGAUAGAGAUGGGAAGAGGUGUACAGUGGAUUCAAGCAGUCACGACAGAGUUAUUUCAGCAUUUCUGGAAUCCGGCGUAGAACAAGUACUAAUUCAUAUAGCAUCACAGUCAGUGGAGCGCGAUUUCCAUCUUUCAGUUCUGGUCAUCUUUGCACUCAUUGUGAAGGAACAUAAUGCUGAAGAUAUAGUUGCUGCUGGUCGAGAUAAAACAGCAGCUGAAAGAGAAAAAGCUGAGGAAGAGUUGCGUCGAGUUGUUGAGGUCGAGCAGAUGAGGUUAAAUGCGCAGAGGAGGAAGGUCUUAGCCAGUAGACAUUCUCGGUUUUCCGGGUCGUAUAUCGUAAAAGGCGUCUCUGCAGUGAACAAAGAAAAAGAUCUAGUUGUAGUCAAACCCAUUAAGGAUGUAAACGAUCUUAAUUUCUUGGAUGAAAGGAAGGUUAAGAAGAGAGUAGCGAAAAAUCGGAGGCCCUUUGAUGCACAGGAAAGGACGCAUUUAUCUUCGAUGGAACUUCGAGUGAAACUAAAAAAAUUUGUCGAGGAAGUCUUAUCGAGAUGUUUUAAUCGCUUGAUAAAGAGCACGAAGGAAGUGGCGUUCGACACAAGGCUUUCUGCCGGCCAACGAAAUGCCGACAUUCAUUUUUUUCUUUUCAUGGCUUUCAUGUUGAAAUAUGCUCGUAUGGCCAAGAGUGCUGUCUCUGAUGUCUCUGGUUGUUUGAAUGUCGAGGCUUUUCAUCAUAUUCAAGUUCAUCUUGACAGCUAUCUGGAAAGCGCAGCAACUAUGCGAAAAGAGGCAAAGCAUUAUGGGAUUAGGGCUCAGCAUGCCUUGACUGCUUACAAAGAGCUAAUUUUGUUCCACCAACAUCUUCUUAGCAACGGUUCGACUGAGGAAAAAGAGCUUUCUCAAAGAAUAUGUGAUCAUAUUUUAGUUGUUGAAGAAUAUCGCGAGAUGGGACUAAUGUUGAUGCGGAAAUUCAUGCCUGGAGUAUUUUCAAAAAGUUUUCUCCGCGAUCUGGUAUUAUCAAUGCACUACUACUUCCGUUUGCUUGAGAAGAGAGUUAAGUCUGGAGAACUCACUACUGUGAAGAAACGGAGUAAAGUCAGGCGAAGACCAACGAAGAACAGUAAGCAUGCAGAAUUGUUUGGACCCGAGCCACUCCCUGCUGUUGUGGAUAGUUUAAAUGGGGAAGAACUUGAGAAGAAGUGGUCGCACAUCAGCGAGGAGUUGAACGAAAUUGUUUUUGGCCAUAAAGAAGCAUCAUCUGAUCAAAUUCCUAUAAAUUCGUUGUUGGACGUAGAUGAGGAACUGCACCAAAAAUUUGCUAUGCUUAAAGUUCAACGCGCCAUGCGUGAAGGACGCCCGAGUGACGCCGUAGGACUCUACAAAGCAUCGAGAGCCAUGUGGUUAUCUGAUGGAAUUUUCGGCGAUGUGGAUAUGGAUGGGGAGAAAAUGGUAGCAGAGUUCCGUGAAAUAUUCUUUACUGAUCUCAAACAGGUUGCUGACCAGCUACUCACUGCGGAAUUAGAAGCACAAAAAAGGUUUACGGCGAACUCAUUGAUCGAUGGAGGAGAUGUAGAGGAUAUGUACAGUGACGAAGAUGAGGAGGACGAGCCCAAAUACGAAACAAAAGAGGUAAAUUUCGACUUUGAAGAGUAUGUUGGGAAAUACACAAAAAUGGAAGUUUUGCGAUGGUAUGUCUUUCUUCUCAAAGACUUUGCUACAAAUUCAGAUGAACUAAAUAAAGCUUUAGUAAAGCUUCUUCAUCGAGUUGCGUUUGAUCUGAAAAUGCCGAGCAAGCUGUUCCAGUUGUCGUUGUUCCGAAUUUUUGCUGAAGUACGGGUACAUUUUGAAGGCAUGACGAAGGAGAAUAUGAAGAAAAGUCGAUUUUUUGAAUUGUACACUUUUGGCUACCAUUUAUUGAAAAAAUUCUUCUCUUGCUUCGAAACUCUUGGGGAUAAAAUGGCACCUGAAAUUCUCUUCUGGAAAGGCGCCAAGGAAUGUUUCGAAAUCGAAAAUGGUUAUGGCUCUUAUGACGAUAGAAAGAACACAAAACAAGACAACGCUUGGACUUGGUCUGAUGACUUAGAAGAUGAGUUGCGUUCGCUCUACAAUGAGUAUCGGGAUAUGGAUGAGAGGCCAGAAGGAAUGGAUGUUCUCGAUUUCAUUGAGCCCAAUCUCAGUCGACCGCGAACACGCAAACAAAUUCUGCAAAAGCUCAAGGAGUUCAAUUUGGAUCCUCUUGGAGCAAGAGCAAACAAAGGAUCAAUCAUGGAUCGCAACUUCCCAAUUGUUCCAAUGAAGCAAAUCAUAGAGGAAUAUAACGCCAAGGAACAGAACGAAGAAGAUCUUGUGAACUUCAUCCGCACUCGCUUAUCUGAGACUCAUGGCGAGUUUUCAAGACAGAAAAUAAUUAAGCAAAUGAAUUAUCUUGGAAUCGGCUAUGAAAAGAAGACAAUUUCAAAAAAGCAUAAGGAGUGGUCUGAAGGGUUACGAACAGAGCUUGCGGCCCUAAAGCAACAAUACGAUGAAAUGGAUGCGGAGGAUCACGAACUAAUAGGUGUGGUUGAUUACGUAAUGCGGCGUCUAAGUGAGAAGAAACGAAGACGAGAAGUAGAACGAGAGCUCGAGGCACUCGGAGUCAUCAUUAAACCGCGCGACAAACCAAAAAUUACCAAGAAAAAACAAAAAGAAAUCACCGACGUUAGUGACGAUGAUGGCGAUCAUCCUGGCAGUAGCCAUCGCAGCGACGACAGCGAUGCUGAACUAGAUCUUGAAAGUGUUUCGAAUGACCAUCGCAGCGAAGAUUUGAGAAGGUUGGAGGAAUUGGACGUUGAGAAUAUCGAUCCAACCGCCGGCACUGAUGGGGUGCUACACAUAGAAGAUAAGCAGGGAAGCAGUAUAACACCUACGUUGGAAAUCGAGAAAGUCAAGAGUGUUCCUGAAGAUUCACCUGUUAAACCAUUGGCCAAAAGGAAACGAGUUCUGGAGAGCUCAGAUGAAGAGGACAAUGCAACAGUGAGGAAACGAGUGCUAGAGAGUUCAGAUGAGGAGGACAAUGCAAACGUGGAUUUCAGUAAAGAGAAAACCCCAGAAAAUGACUUCCCAGUUGCUGCUAGAGCGAAGAAACAUCGAGUAGUUCUUAGCGACUCGGAUGAAGACUGA